AUGGACGAAGUGGACGUCGCUCUGCAUAUUGAGCCUCUCGCUGACGCCAUCAAAGACUUGAAGGAACAACUCACCUCAUUCGCUAUGACUCUGUCUGCUAAGAUCGACUCGCUUGCGGACAUACUGACUCGACGAUCGGAAAUUCUCAAUCAGAAGAUGGAACUGCUCCUGGAAAGAACGCAGCCGAGAUCCAACUGUGUGUUCUGUCCAAUUGACGACAACAAAGAUUGCCAUCCAACUGGAAGAUGCUGCCGUUAUCCUGGAAGAUGCUGCCGUUAUCCAGAUGCUGUGUCGCGCGCUGUGCGAGCCAACAAUCUCGGACUCUGUAACCGAUGCCUACAACCGAGGCAUAACGAGGAAUGCGGAAUUCUCUGCACUUUCUGUGGACGAGACCAUAAUGUCUUGCUGCCCCAACAAGUUAUCCCAUGCAAGCACCUCGGCAAAAAGAAGGAAGUUCUGAGCCUUCCCCGGCGGCGGAGAGUGCACUGGUGA